CUAAAUUAGAGGAUAUGAGAUUGUGCAGCGGCUCGGCCCGAUAGAGCCCGCCUGGAGGCUUAUAGUAAGCACUCGUGGCUGCAUGCACCGCCUCACGCUCAGCUACUACAUCUACUACAUCGGGCAGACUUGGAUGGAUGAACAAUGUAGCAUCACCAUCUAUCGGAGUGGACAUGCUCACCAUCACGCUAAAAAUAACGCUCACUAUAUUUUCGUCUUUAAGUCUCGGCUUUCGAUCGCAGUACUUCGCUUUGUCUCCUGGCAUCCGCUAUGGCUAAGCCUGUCGAUAGAACUCGCAUGGCACUCAAAACCGAACUGACCAAACUUGCCAAAUUAUCCAACAUUGAAGCAGGGCUCCCCCUCAUCAUCCGGGGUCUUCCUGCUAUUGCUAUCGUCGCUGGUGCAGCCAUAGCCAGGGCCUCUGGUGACACCAAUCACAUAGAAGAGCGGUUGCUUGGGCCCGACGAGACCAUUUUAUUGAACAUGCCAAGCCAGAGCCUAUCUGAAAGUCACACCAUAAAGAAUAGGCAAUGCAUACACUUGGGUGUUAUGAUGAUGUGUUAUAGAUGUGGCAACACGUCAACCGCAUCAUUCUUCGCACCCAAAUUGAGCGAUUGGGGCCGGAAUAAAGAUGAGCUAGACAACCGUGAACCGUUAGGCAAACACAGCCGUCAGAGGGGUAUGAUACCAUGGAAACAAUAACGGCUUUUCUCUUUGCGUGUUGAGAUUUGAGUUGGUAGGGUUUAGCGGAUGCAAUGAAAAGCAUAGGAUCACCGUUAAGAUAAUGUUUAUCACCUCUCCCGUUGUACAUCUAUGAUAGGAAAUCUCCACAAAUCCAAAACGCUAUCUCAGCUUCGUCCUUCAUUUUCAGCUUUAAAACAGUCAAUUACAUUGCUAUCUCGUUCUUGGAAACUUCUCAACAUGUGUACAGAGCUAGUUUAAUCUUCGUUCGAC